AUGAUGUACUGGAUUUUGAAUGAAAGUCUAUCUGUUAUUUUAUUUUUAUUGUGGCUGGGAAUGAAUGUAUACCUGUUUGUUGACACAUUCAACUGGUAUGAAGAUGAUGAUGCUUACCUCUAUACACGGGUUAUGCUGGGUUCCACACUUGCUUGGGCAAGAGCUUCUGCCACAUGCCUCAACUUCAACUUCUUGCUAAUCUUGUUACCAGUCAGUAGGAACCUUAUUUCAUUCCUCAGAGGAACGAGCUUUUGUUACAGAGGAGUUUUGAGAAGGCAACUUGACAAAAAUAUCACAUUUCACAAGACCGUGGCUUAUGGAAUAGCUGUAAAUGCGAUAAUUCAUAUCAUUGCACAUUUGGUCAACAUAGAGAGAUAUCACCUUAGCCAUUCAAAGCAAGCCGGAGAAUUAAACAACAAACUGUCCAGCUUUGGUAAGAGACCCAAUGAAAGCUACUUGAAUCCUUUCAGGAACCAUGACACAAACACAAUUUCUGAAAUAUUAACAACAACUGCUGGAAUGACCGGUCUCCUGAUCACUGUGUCUUUAAUUCUGAUAAUGACCUCAUCUACAGAUACCAUUACCAGAUCAUUCUAUGAAGUGUUUUGGUACACUCAUCACUUAUUCAUUGUUUUAUUUAUUGGCUUGGUUCUCCAUGGUAUGGGACGGUUCAUCCGUGGUCAGACUCCUCAGAGUCUGUUGCUGCACAAUGUCACUUAUUGUAAAGAUCAUUAUUCAGAGUGGGAGACAACAGCUCAGUGCCCUAUGCCACAGUUUUCUGGAAAUGACCCUGCGGCUUGGAAGUGGGUCUUAAGUCCUGUGAUACUAUACAUCUGUGAAAGAAUGAUUAGGUUGUGGAGGUUUCAACAAGAAGUUGUCAUUACAAAGGUUGUGUCUCAUUCAUCCGGAGUUCUGGAGCUUCAUAUGAAGAAAUGUGGUUUUAAGAUGGCAGCUGGUCAGUAUGUCUUUCUUCAGUGCCCUUCUAUCUCACAGUUGGAGUGGCACCCUUUCACUCUCACUUCAGCCCCUGAAGAGGACUUUUUCAGUGUACAUAUAAGGUCAGUUGGAGAUUGGACUGAAGCACUUUUCAGUGCCUUUGGAGCACAGGAAAAAGUCUUUCAGGAGCCCUGGAAGCUGCCAAGACUAGCUGUGGAUGGGCCUUUUGGAGCGGCAGCAACAGAUGUCUUUCAAUAUCAAAUAAGCAUAUGUAUUGCAGCAGGUGCAGUUUCUCCCUUUGCUUCCAUUCUGAAAUCCAUAUGGUAUAAGUGUUGUACUCUAAAUACAGAACUGAGUCUGGGAAAGGUUUAUUUCUAUUGGAUUUGCCGAGAUCCAUCUGCCUUUGAGUGGUUUGCUGAUCUCCUGUGCUUGCUGGAAGCACAAAUGACUGAGAAAGGGAAAGCCCAUUUUCUAAGCUAUCACAUAUUUCUUACUGGCUGGGAUGAAAGUCAGGCUACCCACAUUGCCUUGCAUAAUGAUGAAAAGGUGGAUGUAAUUACAGGCUUGAGACAAAAGACCUUCUAUGGAAGACCAAACUGGGACACUGAAUUCAAGCAAAUUGCAGAAAAUCAUCCUGGUGACAGCAUUGGUGUUUUCUUUUGUGGACCUAAAACACUCUCUAAAAUCCUUCAAAAGAGGUGCAAAUGGUAUUCAUCUACAGAUCCAAGAGGUGUUCAAUUUUACUACAACAAAGAAAGUUUCUAG